UUUUACUUCCGGGUGGAAAUACAAAACAUGCAGCGCCGCGAUUGACGUUCACUUUAACGUGGUGUGUGAGCAAAAUGUUGACUCCACCGAAGGAAGGGAUGCCCAGCAUGAUUGACAGGGCACUGAGGAUGAGGAGGGAGGAGCAGGCUCGGCAGAUCAUCCUGGCCUGGGCUGUUCUAAACGUUUCUUUAGCUGGCAUGAUUUAUACAGAAAUGUCAGGGAAGCUGCUGAGCCGAUACUACAACAUCACCUACUGGCCCAUUUGGUACAUAGAAUUGGUGCUCGCCUCACUUUUUAGCCUCAAUGCUCUUUUUGACUUUUGGAAAUAUUUCAAAUACACGAUGGCGCCAUCCACAAUCGCUGUCUCCCCCGAGCAGCGUCACCUUCUGGGUUUAAGGAACACAAGUAUCCAGGCCUCUCCUCCCCAAAAGCCAGAAAAGAAGGAAACUCCAGCUCCAGCCCAGUCAUCUCCUCUGCAGGGCCAGUGCGUGCUGAGCUUCAGCCCCUCCCGGCCAGCCUCGACCAGCCCCAAGUUCUCCCCCAGCUGUGCACCAAGUUACAGCCCCACUCUCAGCAAUCCGUCCCCAACGAGCAGUGCAGGGGUGUCUUUCUCCCCCUCAGUGCCUUUUGGAAAGGUAUUAAACUACAGUCAGUCUUCAGGAUCUUCACCAUACCCGAACAGCAUCGGACCAGCAGAAGGUUCUAGCCUGAGGUCUCGGUAUCGCACGUCUCCCUCUGUUUUUAACUCGCCUGGAAGCAAAGAGGACUACAUGGAGGACCUGAAGAGUCUGGAGAGGUUCCUGCGCUCAGAGGAGGAGAAAAGUCACCGCAGCCAGCUGGGAAGUCCAGAGUCCGUGUCUCCGAACCACAGUCCAACGUUUUGGAACUAUAACCGUUCGGUUGGAGAUUACGCCCAGAGUUUGAGGAAGUUCCUCUACCAACCAGCGUGUCGCUCUCAGGCGCCGUCUGCCCACAAGGAUGAGACGGACGUGGGGUCCAAACAAGCUGCUGAAGAGGUGUGGGCCAGAAUCACAAGCAGUCGUGUCGUGAUGAACCGUAUUGAUAGCUGGACAGCCAAGCUGAGAAAUUGGAUCAGCGACACCAUCUUGGUCCCUCUGGUCAAAGAAAUCGAUUCCGUCAACAGUCAGCUCAGGAGGAUGGGAUGUCCGGAGCUCCAGAUCGGAGAGGCCAGCAUAAGCAGCCUGAGACAAGCAGCGGUGAUGAAAGCCUCAUCCAUCCCCACUAUGAACUCCAUAGUCCAGUACUUGGACGUCACGUCUAAUCAGGAGUACCUAGUGGACCGGAUCAAAGAGCUUGCUCACAGCGGCUGCAUGAGCUCCUUCCGCUGGAACGGCGGCGGCGAUGUGAAGAACAGGAAGUGGGAUACGGACCUCCCAACAGACUGUGCAAUCCUCAUGCAUGUGUUCUGCACGUACUUGGACUCCAGGCUGCCCCCCCACCCCAAGUACCCAGACGGGAAGACUUUCACCUCCCAACACUUCAGUCACACUCCGGACAAACCUGGAGGGUGAAUCUGGGCCUCUCUGGUGUGAACAUCUUGUGGAUAUUUGAAGACUGAAGUUUUAAAUGCUGUUGUUUUGUUACAACACCGUGUUGUAAGGCUUGCUCUUUCAUUUUAAAGUUCAGAAAACGUUCUCCACGUUGGACGUUGUCUCAUAUUUUCUGUA